UAUGCCAGGAAAUUUAUUUAAUUAUCUUUACCCAUCAAAUCCAACACAGACAUUGCCAGCACAGGUUGCUAGCACAUUUAUUCAUGGAGGUAACGUGAUUUACGGACUGACCUAUGAAAACAAUGGCAAUGGAAGCAAUAAAGUAAAACUGCUGAUCAAACCUCUAUAUCCAGCAAAAGCAUACGAGUAUGAUAUGGGUUUCAGUAUUUUAGAUGAAUUUAAGGAUCAGGUAUCUCUUGCAUUGGUAAAACACUCACCUGAAACAGAUAAAAUUGCAGUUAUCUUGCCUGAAGAAGCAACUAAUAAACAAGGAAAAAAAUACAUUGAAGGUUUAUUGUUUAACACUUAUGAAAUCAACCUAUCAAUCAGUGGCCCUGUAGUUAAGCAAUUAGAUACUGUAGCAUUACAGAAGAAUAUUAAUAGCAAAAGUCUUGCAAAUGAAGGUAAUAGUUACUUUCAACCAAAGGUAACACAAGUUGAAGUUACUAAAGCUAGAGGUAAAGUUGAACACGGCAUAGUGGUUACUGCCAAUAAUCUAAAAGAGAAAACUGCAGUUGCUUGGUACUUAAAACAAAAUAAAAAUGGAGAAUUUAAGGCAUUAAUUGGGACAGAAGGCAUCAUAGAAAGAAAUUUAUUCAAGUUGAGUGAUUCAAAUAGUGAAUUUGCAUUAAAUGGCAACACAUUACUUCACUCACAAACAAGCCAGCAAAUUGUUGACAAUCAUAAAGUAGAAACAACAAAUAUUUUUACAUUUAAUAUAGCAGAAGCAGUAAAGGAGAUUAAGAACGGCAAGGGAAUUAAUAAAAAUGAAUAUUUGCUUAACCAUGAUCAUAAUACAGCACUUUUUUCGAGUAAGGACAAAAUAAGAUGUUUGCAAUAUAUGGCACAAAACAAAAAAUUUGCUUUUCUUGAGUCAAACACAUUACAUAUAUGUUCUCUUAAUAAUAUAGGCGAAAAACCUACCAUUUAUGAAUUUCAAGGUCCUAUAGAGCAGCUAUAUAUUGAAGAAAAUGAUCAAGGUAAUAUCAUUGCUACCGCAGUAAGUGAAGGAAAUAUUAUAGUUGUUCAUAUAGAUCACGCUACACAACAACCUACAUACGAAAUAAAACCAAUAAACACAAUUCAAAACCUAAAUGACUUUCUGAACAUCAUCCACGGUCAAUUACCGCCAAACAUUGCUUCUAGCACCACUGUAGCUACAACAUUAACCCCAGCUACAACAACUGCAGCUCCAACUAUUGCUACAAAACAAUCUACAACUCCAAUCACAGUUACAACAAGUAAAAGCACUCCUGAUGAAAUUACUGUUAUUACCAAACAAUCUACAACUCCUACCCAGGCUGCAACAACUGCGGCUUCAACUGCUGUUGAAGAACAACCUACAACUCCAAUUACAGUUACAACAAGUAAAAGCACUCCUGAUGAAAUUACUGUUGUUACCAAACAAUCUACAACUCCAGGAGCAACAAUUAAAAGAACUACAGCUGCAGCUGCAGCUACAACUAAACCUACUACUGCUAAAAAACAAUCUAUACCGCCAACCCAGGCUGCAACAACUGCUGCUGAAGAACAGCCUACAACUCCAAUACGAUAUAUAAUACCAACCACAGUUGCAGUAAGUGAAAGAACUGCAAACCCAACUGCUGCUCAAGAACUACCUACAACAUCACCUUACACAAUGGCAGGUAGGACUACACAAGCAUCACUGCUUGGUAUUGCAGGUAAAUCCAACAAUAAUGGUGGAGUAACUGCAUUAUCGACAGUAGGAGCUAUUGGUGUGGCUGGGUUACUAACAUUUGGGAUUUGGAUAUAUAAUAAGUACCGUCGUAGUCGCAAUGUAUCUGAAUCUACGUACGAACUUAAUAAUAUGGAGUGUGGAAGUAGUAAUAGAGCAUCAACACACGACCCUAGUGAUCACAGUAAUUCAUUGAAAGACGUAACAUCAAUAGCAACAGACCAUCAGAGUAUCGGGCCAAGUAAAUGCAAUAGCGAUGAAGAGAGUACAUCACUAAAUAAAGUAUCAACUCGCGAUUCAAGUGAUCAUAGUAAUUCAUUGGAAAACGUAUCAUCAAUAUCAACAGAUAGCAAUGAUGGGCCUUUAGUUGAAGUAUCAGCUCGUGAUUCAAGCAGUAGUAAAGAAGGUAGUACCAUAUCACUACUGGGUAGAAUAUCAACACGCAAUUCAAGUAGUUCAUUAUCACUAGAGGAAGACCCCUUAUCAAUAGCACUAAUGGGCUGUUAUGGUAAUUCGAGUAUAUUAAGUAAUAGAUCAUCUACUACAUCACAAUCAAUGACCGGAGUAGAAGUAGACAAUUUUAGUGAUAAAAGCAGAGUAUGAGCUCACCAACUAUAUAAUACUAUAUACAUAUUAGAACUCUGCAUUCUCCUAUAUCAUAAAUAGGGGGAGUGCAGAGUUCUUCACUUCUCUGCACUUGACUUGGGGGCAGAAAUAGCUAAAUACU